CCCUUCCCACGCCUCCGCGCAGGCGAACGCAGUCUCCGUGCUCUGUGAACCAGCCCGACGCGCACACUGAACUCCGCCGUCAAAUGGACCCGAAUCAACCGCCCCUAAAAAAAGAAGGGAUUCAGACUCAGUGAUGUAAAAAAAAAUAAAAAAUAAAAAAAAAAUAAAAAACCUUCGCACGUCGGACGGCGCGCGCGGCUCAGCUGCGUUCAGACCUGGAUGAAGAGCCGAGGAGCGAGCCGCAAUUACCCGGGACUCUAGAAGAAAGGAGAAGAAGAAAGAAAAAGAGUGAACGCCAGUGUUUGCGGGUUAGCUUCCCCCCCGAGGAGGCGAGCGGGCUGGUGGAGGAGAGUUCGGGGUCGCAGUUUUCUUCCGAGAGCUCAUUAUCUGCACUUUGAAAGGACGAACUUCGCCGCCGCCCUGGACUCGGUGAAUCGAUGCGCGCUGUAACAUGGAUGUCCGAGACGGGGCUAAACAGCAAACUACACCGCAGGGAACGCAGCACACUCAGGAGAACGGUGAACGCGCUGGAGAAGACGAAGCCAGGAUUCUCCACACCUGUGAUUUGAUGUGAGCCUGUAUUGACCUGAGACUAUUAAAAUGGAGUUGCUAUGGAAACUUAUACUUCUGCUGUCAUGGGUGGAGUGUUUGGCAGGAAGCGAAGUCUUGCUGAGGCCUGUGUUCAACAAACAACCCGGCAGUGUGGUCUUUCCCCUUCAUGCUGGUGAGAAUCGCAGAGAGGUGGUGUUUAGCUGUGAGGCCCAGGGACACCCACCGCCCUUCUACAGGUGGAAGCUCAAUGGCUCCUUCAUCCUGCCCAGACCAGGGUCGCGUUACUCUCUCUCCGGAGGAAACUUACACAUCAGCCAUCUGAACAAAGAGGAGGAUGUUGGCAUCUACCAGUGCCUGGCUUCCAACUCCUUCGGCACCAUCGUCAGCAGGGAGGCCAGCCUGCACAUUGCAUAUCUGGAGAACUUCAAGACACAGAGAAGAAGUCCAGUGAGAGUUCGUGAAGGCCAAGGAGUGGUACUACUGUGCGGCCCACCACAGCACUCCGGAGAACUUACCUUCACGUGGAUCUUCAAUGAGUACCCGUCGUUUGUCAUCCAGGACACGCGCCGCUUUGUGUCCCAGAAGACAGGCAACCUCUACAUCGCCAAAGUGGAAACCUCUGAUGUGGGCAACUACACGUGUGUAGUCACCAACACGGUCACCAAAAGCAGUGUUCAAGGACCACCGACUCCUCUGGUGCUGCGGGUUGACGGUGUGAUGGGUGAAUACGAGCCAAAGAUCGAAGUGCAGUUCCCUGAAGUUGUUCCUGUUUCUAAGAGCUCAACUGUCAAACUGGAAUGUUUUGCACUUGGAAAUCCAGUGCCAACCAUCAGCUGGAGAAGAGCGGACGGGGCCUCUUUUGGCAGGAAGGUGGACAUAAAUAAAGCCAGCGGAGUAUUAGAAAUCCCUUACUUCCAGCAGGAGGAUGCGGGAGUCUAUGAAUGUGUGGCUGAAAACAGUAGAGGAAGAAACUCUGCAAAAGGAAAGCUUUCUUUCUACGCUGCACCUAACCUGACUGAGAAGCCUCAAGAUGUUCAGAAGACUAUUGAUGAUACUCUGGUGUGGGAAUGCAAAGCCAACGCCAAGCCCAAACCCUCUUACCGCUGGAUGAAGAACGGAGAGCCUCUGGACCCCAUGGAGCAGGACAGGGUUCAGGCGAAUAAUGGAGUGCUGACCAUCAGUAGCUUGAAUCUGGCUGACAUCGGUAUGUACCAGUGUGUGGCGGAGAACAAGCACGGCCGAAUCUUCACCAACGCUGAGCUCCGAGUAAUAGCCAUUGCUCCAGACUUCUCCCGGACCCUGUUGAAGGCCCAAACUCUGGCCCGACAGGGUGGCGACGUUCUCAUCGAAUGCAGGCCCAGGAUGUCUCCUCGGGGUGUCAUUUCUUGGAGGAAAGGGAAAGAAUCCCUGAGAGAGAGCCACAGGGUCACUGUGUUGGAUAACGGCAGCCUGCGGAUUUCCAACGUUACUAAAGUGGAUGCUGGACUCUACACAUGUGUAGCCAGAAACCAGUUUGGAGUAGCGAGCAGUGCUGGUACCCUUGUAGUUAAAGAUGCAACGGUGAUCACCAGUCCAGCAGGUCAUCUGGACGUGACGGUGGGGGAGAGCAUCGUGCUGCCGUGCCAGGUCUCUCACGACACCUCGCUGGACCUCAAAUUUACCUGGUUCUUCAACGAGCAGCUCAUCCACUUUGGAAGCCACUGGGCCUAUUUCGAAAAAAUCGGUGGCCGCUCGGCUGGCGACAUCAUGAUCCGGAAUAUACAACUGAGGCAUGCUGGGAAAUAUACGUGUGCUGUUCAAACCAAGGUGGACAGUGUAUCCAUUGCCACUGAUGUGGUUGUCAGAGGUCCUCCGGGGCCUCCCGUUGACUGUCAGGUGACUGAGAUGACAGAGACCACAGCAUCUCUGUCCUGGGGACCCGGCGUGGACAGUCACAGCCCCAUCCACAGCUACGCCAUCCAGGCCAGAACGCCCUUCUCCCUCGGGUGGCAAGCCGUUACCACCGUACCUGAGCUGCUCGGGGGGAAGCAGCUGUCAUCCUCUGUCAUUGACUUGAGUCCAUGGGUGGAGUACGAAUUCAGAGUCCUGGCAACAAACAGCAUCGGAACAGGAGAACCCAGCAAACCCUCCAAAAAGGCCCGCACCAAAGAAAUGCUUCCCAGGGCGGCUCCGUCCAGGGUGAAUGGCGGCGGUGGGGGACAUUCAGAGCUUGUCAUCACUUGGGAGCCUGUUCCAGAGGAGCAGCAGAGUGGUCCGGGCUUCGGCUACGUGGUGGCUUUCCGCCCACUUGCGGCGCAGGGCUGGAUGCAGGCGGCUGUCACGUCUCCCGACUCCUCCAGAUAUGUCUUCAAGAAUGAGAGCAUCCCUCCCUUUUCCCCUUACCAAGUCAAAGUCGGGGUUUACAACAACAAGGGAGAAGGCCCUUUUAGUCCAGUGACCACUAUCUACUCAGCGGAGGAAGAGCCCAGCAGAGCUCCAGCGAGGCUGAGGGCGAAGAGUGUAUCUGCGUCCGAGGCAGAGGUCACCUGGAAGCCACUGGCCUGGAGCAACAACCGGAGACGCAUCCUGGGCUAUGAGUUGCAGUACUGGGGUGAGAAGAAGAAGCAGGACACAGCCACUGUGAUUAGGACAGUGGGGAACAAAACGUCCGUGCUGCUCAGGGAUCUGGAGGGCAGCAGCACGUAUUACAUGUCCCUGCGGGCCUAUAACAGCGCUGGAGUGGGUCCUCAGAGCAUCAUAGUCAACGUCACAACCAAGAAACCACCGCCCAGUCAAGCCCCGGUCAAAAUUAUGUGGAACACUUCCAACUCCAAGGUUAUCCUGAAGUGGGACCAAGUGCACGCUCUGGAGAACGAGUCAGAAGUCACAGGGUACAAGGUGAUGUACAGCCAGGACAAACACAGUUUUCCCAGUGUGGUGGAGACCAACACCACCUCAUUGGAGUUGUCACUACCGGUCAACCAGGACUACGUAAUCCAGAUCAAACCUUUCAGCGAGGGAGGUGAAGGCAGCAGCAGCCGCCAGAUCACCAUCCCCAAGAUAGCAGGCCCCGUAGCCACCGGAGCAGCCCCAGAGUCUUCUGCGUAUCCCUUGGUCAACCUUGCAGCGUUAAUCCUCACAGCAAGGACUGCACUAUGACAAACAUCUGCAUCCACCAGGCACCACAGCUGCUCACUGCAGUAAGAGGCAAAACAGCAGGUUGGAGACUUUCCACCUGCUCCCUUCCCCGUCCUACGGUCUUUCCUGUUUUUUUCUACAAAGAUCUCUUUGUGAGGAAGAAUCCUUCCCUCCACCUCUCUGAGCUGUUGAAAGGAGCUGCCGCUUUCAGAAGUUGCUUUUAUGGCAGUGAAAGGACACCGUGACUUGACUGCGGUUUCUUUGAAGAUGUUUCUCAUACGGUUUUAACCUUGGAGGCCCAGGCGUUGUGUGUGGAGCACAAUAGGAUGUGAACGUGUUUUUUUUUUUACUGUGCAGGUUCUUUUGAGCAGAUAUCGUUUGUACCUCUGGACCUUUCUUGGACGCUUGGAUUGGAUCUAAAGCUGAGGUGGGACGAGACCUUACGUAGCUCACAUCUAUGUGAGUGAAGUUGUAUUCAUGCUCGGUUUAAGACCAGCAAUGGAAGAAGCAACGUCCCAGCUCUCUGUAGACUGUAGUCUUUGAGAGCGUCCUGAUCUGUCCAAGCAAGAUAACCAACUGUUACCAAUCCCUGCCAAAUACAGGGGGCUAAGCCUCAUUAUUUGAUGACAAAUCAGAAUUUGGGACCUUUGUAACUCUACCUGGAUUGUAUUCGUGCUUUUGUGUUCUACCACAUUACAUUGGAACUUCAGAGUUGCCGUGAAACUGAAACUGUAACCAAAGGUAUUGAAGCCAACUUGGAUCGAUGCCACCUGUUGUAUCAUUGUGAGAAAAUGCUGCGCCUACACUCCCAAAAUGGCUUCCAUUGUAAACAGCAGCCUUGUGUUGAUUAAUUGAUGUCUUACCUUCCUCGCUCAUCCAUGAUAAGUCCGUCACGCUGAGCAUUUCGAGCCACAUUGUUGUACACGUAUGUAUGAAAUCCUCAGGUCCCAAAUGAGCCUUAUGAUUAUUAUCCACAUCAUUAUAAUUCAAGAGAGUUUAAUUUAUUUUCUUCCUCUGUUUAUUUUUGCAUUGUAUUUUGGCUCACUCAUGAUAUACUUUAUGAAAAACUGACUUACUAUUUGCUAUGUUGAGUUUUCAGUGCUUUUGUUACUUUUUAGAUCGUAUUUAUGGGCAUUUUGGGCUCAGAAACAACAUGCCUUUUUCCUAAGUCAUCAUGAUGCGCAUUGUAAUACAGUACAAGUGGCAGUGAUAACUGACUUUUCUUACGUAGCUUAUUACAAAGUAGGGAUGGUAUUUUACCAGUGAGAUACUGUUUAGCUGCUGUUUGGCAUGAGAUUGGUCAGUGUACGUACCUACGUUGCUUAGGGUGUCUGAAUGGAUCAAGCUGCUUUUAAUAAACAUAAUGCCAUUUU